UAUUCUUAUUUUCGUUGUCAAAUGUUGUGUGCUAAUAUAAAGCUGGCAACCUUUUAGUUUCCAAAUACGUUUGUAAUAAGUGCAAUGCUAAAUGUUUAUUAUUGAUAAAAUUUGUGAUUCCAGAAAGUGACAGAUCUAAAAGAAAUUUUGUCGUGAUGCUUAAUCAACAAGCUCAAGGCCAGGGUCAGCAAACUCUUUCACAGUCCUCUACGCAGAUGCUUCAGCAGUCAACCAUUGUACAAAAUAUUAACUCUAGCGUAGGAAAACUCAAUGAUUCUCACGGAUUAUCGUCUAUUGGUCUGCUAGAGUUAGCUCAUCGAGAAUAUCAAGCUGUGGAUUACGAAAAUGCAGAGAAGCAUUGCAUGCAAUUAUGGCGACAGGAUAGCACAAAUACUGGGGUGUUAUUACUUCUUUCUUCAAUUCAUUUUCAAUGCCGAAGAUUAGACAAAUCUGCACAGUUUUCAACUCUUGCAAUAAAGCAAAAUCCUCUGCUAGCCGAAGCUUACAGCAAUUUGGGAAAUGUGUACAAGGAACGUGGACAGCUACCAGAAGCAUUAGAAAACUAUAGACGUGCGGUUAGGCUAAAGCCUGACUUUAUUGAUGGAUAUAUUAAUUUGGCAGCGGCAUUGGUAGCAGCCCGUGAUAUGGAAUCUGCGGUUCAGGCAUACAUCACAGCAUUGCAGUAUAAUCCGGAUCUCUAUUGCGUGCGCAGCGAUCUUGGAAAUUUGCUGAAAGCUCUAGGCAGAUUGGAAGAGGCCAAGGCAUGCUAUUUAAAGGCAAUUGAAACAUGCCCCGGAUUCGCAGUCGCUUGGAGCAACUUGGGCUGUGUUUUUAAUGCUCAAGGCGAAAUUUGGUUAGCAAUACACCAUUUUGAAAAAGCCGUAACUUUGGAUCCUAAUUUUCUUGAUGCAUAUAUUAAUUUGGGCAACGUGCUUAAAGAGGCAAGAAUAUUUGAUAGAGCGGUAGCAGCAUAUCUGCGGGCCUUGAGUUUAUCACCAAAUAAUGCUGUUGUACAUGGAAACUUAGCAUGCGUCUAUUACGAACAAGGACUUAUUGAUUUGGCUAUUGAUACGUAUAAACGUGCUAUAGAACUGCAACCAAAUUUCCCCGAUGCUUAUUGUAAUUUGGCUAACGCGCUGAAAGAAAAAGGACAGGUUAAGGAUGCCGAAGAUUGCUACAACACAGCAUUACGCUUAUGCCCAAAUCAUGCAGAUUCACUUAAUAAUUUAGCAAAUAUCAAGCGUGAACAAGGGUAUAUUGAAGAAGCAACUCGUUUGUAUCUAAAAGCAUUGGAAGUGUUUCCGGACUUCGCAGCAGCGCACUCCAACUUGGCUUCGGUUCUUCAGCAACAAGGAAAACUAAAAGAGGCUUUAAUGCAUUAUAAAGAAGCUAUUCGUAUUCAACCUACUUUCGCAGAUGCAUAUUCCAACAUGGGAAAUACAUUAAAAGAGCUUCAAGACAUUAAUGGUGCUCUUCAAUGCUAUACACGGGCUAUUCAAAUUAAUCCUGCAUUUGCUGAUGCACAUAGCAAUCUUGCAAGUAUACACAAAGAUUCAGGAAAUAUUCCAGAUGCCAUACAGUCUUACCGAACAGCCCUGAAGUUGAAACCAGAUUUUCCUGACGCAUAUUGCAAUUUGGCUCAUUGUUUGCAAAUUGUGUGUGAUUGGACAGAUUAUGACGCUCGAAUGAAAAAGCUUAUUAGCAUUGUAGCCGAACAACUAGAAAAAAAUCGUUUGCCCUCGGUUCAUCCACAUCAUUCAAUGCUAUAUCCAUUAUCCCACGAAUUUCGUAAAGCAAUAGCUACUAGGCACGCUAACCUUUGUUUAGAAAAAAUUCAUGUAUUGCAUAAACCUCCAUAUAAGUUUUCACGUGAUUUGCCUGCUGAUGGCAGAUUGCGUGUUGGUUAUGUAAGCUCAGACUUUGGCAACCAUCCUACCUCUCAUUUGAUGCAAUCGAUACCGGGACUUCAUGAUACUUCACGCGUGGAAAUAUUUUGCUAUGCUUUAAGCUCAGAUGACGGAACAACCUUCCGAUAUAAAAUAAUUCGUGAAGCUGAACAUUUUGUGGACUUGUCGCAAAUUCAGUGCAAUGGUAAAGCGGCUGAUCGCAUUUAUUCCGAUGGUAUUCAUAUACUGGUCAAUAUGAAUGGAUAUACUAAAGGGGCACGCAAUGAAAUAUUUGCACUACGACCUGCUCCUGUACAAGUUAUGUGGUUAGGGUACCCAGGUACCAGCGGUGCCAGUUUCAUGGAUUAUAUUGUUACCGAUCCUGUCACUAGCCCAAUGGAACUCGCUUCCCAAUAUAGUGAAAAACUGGCAUAUAUGCCAAAUACAUACUUCAUUGGCGAUCAUAAACAAAUGUUCCCGCAUCUUAAGGAACGCAUUAUUGUGUGUGACAAACAACAAUCAUCUGUUGCUGAUAAUAUUGCAGUCAUAAAUGCUGCAGAUUUAUCGCCACUUGUAGAAAAUACGGAUGUUAAAGAAAUUCGAGAGAUAGUAAAUGCCCAAAAACCUGUUGAAAUCACACACAAAGUUGCAGAACUACCAAAUACUACUCAAAUUGUUUCAAUGAUUGCUUCUGGCCAAGUCCAAACAUCGGUUAAUGGAAUUGUUGUUCAGAACGGGUUAGCUACCACUCAAACAAACAAUAAAGCAGCAACGGGAGAGGAAGUUCCCCAAAAUAUUGUCAUAACAACAAGACGUCAAUAUUUAUUACCCGACGACGCAAUCGUGUAUUGCAAUUUUAAUCAAUUGUAUAAAAUAGAUCCUCAAACGUUACAGUCAUGGGUUUCCAUUUUGAAAAAUGUGCCAAAUUCGGUGCUAUGGCUGCUACGGUUUCCAGCUGUAGGAGAACAGAACAUUAAAAAAUGCGUAGAAUCAUAUGGGCUGACUGCUGAUCGAAUCAUUUUUUCAAAUGUGGCUGCCAAGGAAGAGCACGUCCGUCGUGGUCAGUUAGCUGAUAUAUGCCUCGAUACGCCUCUUUGUAAUGGUCAUACUACGUCUAUGGAUGUCCUUUGGACGGGAACACCUGUUGUUACUUUACCCGGAGAAACUUUAGCUUCAAGAGUGGCAGCAUCACAACUAGCAACAUUAGGGUGCCCGGAACUUAUCGCACAGACGAGACAAGAUUAUGAAGAUAUCGCUAUUCGAUUGGGCACAGACAGCGAGUAUUUAAAAGCUGUGCGAGCAAAGGUAUGGAAAGCACGAGUGGAUAGUCCUUUGUUUGAUUGCAGCCAAUAUGCCAGAGGGCUGGAAAUGGUUUUUAAACGAAUGUGGGAUCGUUUCGCAAGUAAUGAACUCCCAGAUCAUAUUUCUGCUGUAGUAGACGAAUGAAUCUUCUAUUGAUACAUUUUUUAAUAUUUAUUAUUUUAUGAACAUGAAAUAGAAAUCAAGUUUUAUUCUGUAAACAAUUUGAUGUUAUUAAAUAGAGACUCUAAUGAGCUCUAGAUAUUUUUAGUAACGUAUAUACAACGCCUAUAUCCAACCUGUUUGAAAAUUUAAAUUAAAAAAACUGAUAAAAUAAAUAUAAUAUUAUAAUAUGAA